UGUUUUCAUUUUUGUCAAAUCAUUCUUUAAAAAAAUAAAUUGGUGCCGCAAUUACUUCAGUAGUUUAAACUAACCAAUUUUUGUUUUCUAUUUAAACAUCGCAUAACAAAUUUUAACAUGUCUUGUUUAUUAACACAUUUUGGCGAAAUUAACGAGCCAUCCUCCAGAGCCUUUUGGGGUGGUUUUGAUGAAGCAGACGAUGAAGAAGUGCGAAAAAAAUUAGAAUGGGACUCUUCUUCGAAAGCUACACCAAUUUCGGUUGAUCUUAUGGUCUUGUUUGAAGGUUUUAAUAUUACUGAAUUUGGAGAACAGGUCCUUUUGAAAGAUACACAAGAGUUAUGUAGAAUAAAUGACAAGGGUAUAUCGCUUCAUAAAUUAAAUGGUAAAAGCAAAAUCAUUGGAUUGCUUGAGGAAAACCUUUCCAGUAGUUCAGAAGUAGCAAACUUGCUGAUGCCUUUUUGUAAAUUAGCCAAAAAUGUUGUCACAAUAACUAUACAACCGAAAGUUGAAUACAAAAGCGAAAAUAUAUCUGCAUUUAAGGAUGAAAUUACGUUUGUACUAGGUGUGAAUUCUGGACUGAGGACUGUUAAAGAAUUGGAAGCACCUAAUUUCAUUGUUGGUGCUGCAGCUGGAAUCUCUUCGUAUAGGAACAUUAAAGAGUUGCCUGUAAAUUCCUAUAUUGCCUACACUGAUAAAUCGGAAUUGGACACAUUGUCUGCUGCUCCAAUAUUAAAAUUAUUAUCAGAAAUUGGCAUUGAGUGUGCGGAUAGCUAUAAUCCAAAACAACGAGACCAAUCCCAUUUGUACAUGUAGUUUUAGUAAAUUUACAAAGUUGUUAAGGUUUAAUAAAUUUGGUUGAGAGUAGAAA